CCCGAUGGCCGAUUCCGUUCCCUUUCCAUGAAGUCGCCGCCUUUCCCCUAUAAAUCACCAUUUUCAUUUCUAAAUUCAUUCAAAAAAUUCUCUCAACUAUUAUUUUAUUCUCCGCCGAAAUAACCCAAAAACAGAAAAAUAGGAAAAAAAUGGCCUCAAUCUCUACGCCCUACGUUCCCUCUUUUUUUUCUAAUUCACGAUUGCCGACGACGCAAUUCCGGCAUGCCGGGACGUUUGAUUCAUCUCCCUCGAGUCUGUUUCGGUCUCCGGUUCUCGCGUUAGCAUUUUCCGGUCACCGUGUGGCCAGUUCUAUUCCGUUCAGGAAUAAUGGAUCGUAUACGGUUGGAGAUUUCAUGACGAAGAAAGGGAAUUUGCUGGUUCUUAAGCCUUCCACGAGUAUCGAGGAAGCCUUGGAAGUUCUGGUGGAGAAGAGUGUAUCUGGAUUUCCUGUAGUUGAUGACGACUGGAAACUGGUUGGCGUUGUCUCAGAUUAUGAUUUGUUAGCAUUGGACUCAAUUUCAGGUGUGGGUGGUGGUGACAUUAUUAAUAUAUUUCCAGAUGUUAACUGUAGCUGGGAAAGCUUCAAGUUGAUACAGAAAUUGUUGAGCAAAAAGAAUGGAGAAAUUGUAGGAGAUUUAAUGACACCUGCUCCAUUGGUUGUUAGUGAAACCAUGAACUUCGAAAAUGCUGCAAGGCUAUUGCUUGAAACAAAGUUCCAUCGUUUACCGGUGGUAGAUUGUGAAGGGAAGUUAGUGGGAAUCAUUACAAGAGAAGAUAUAGUUAGAGUUGGCUUAGAGAUGAAACGUACUCAUUCAAAAGAGUUAAUAUGACCAAGAAGAUACAUUUUGAAGUUCAAAGAGAUCAAUCAAACAAAGAAUGUUAUCGACAAGGCACAUACCAAUUUUGCCUCUCAUCUACUGUGUAGCAUCAUUCAUUUAUCACAUAGUUUAUUGAUAUAUUUUUUCAUGUAUAAUUUAUUAAUUUUAUUUGUAGUACUUUAUCGACGAAACUUUUAUAUAACUAAAGAUUGAUAAAUUGUGAUUUGAUUA